GUUCAUUUAUUUUAUUUUAUUUUAUUUUAUUAUUUUAAUUUUACUUUUACUUUUAUAUUACACAACUAAAAGGGGUUCCUAUUUACAAAAUGGAUCUUGUACUCGACAUUACUUCAGCUUGUCGAGUACGUAUAUUAUUAAUUCCAGUAUCUCCCAUUAAGAAGUCAACUUUUUGGAAACAUGUGGAACUAGUAAAAAAAUUCAGUUUAGUUCGUCUCGGAGAUGUAACGCCUGAUCUUCAUAAAGGUGCUAAUGCCAAAUUUAGCAGCCAAGUUUUCCAAGAAGGACAAAUGCAUUUCGAAUUCAUAACGAAUUAUAAUAGGGAUCAUUGUCAUCUUGAAGAUUUUCAGCCUCAUCGAAGGAUUUUUGGAGUCAUUGGUAUAAUGGAUUGCCAAGAAUGGAGAAAUAAAGAUUUAAGUGAAGGAUAUAAAAGAUUUGUAGACAUGUUAAGUCAGUAUCCCACAGCAAUUGCUACAAGAUGCUUUGCGUUUGAUCCAACUGAAAAUCAGCCUGAUGAUACAAAAGGACUGAUUAUGAUUCCCAACGUAGGAAAUAUGUCUUUUUACAUGAGUACUAUGAUUUGUGAUUUUGCCAGUGAGAUACUGGAUCAAUUUGCUGCUAUUGCAGAGCGUAUUGAAAAUUUGAAAGUAUUAGAAUCGCCCUUGCCUGUAGGUUAUACACCGAAAAGUUUUGAACAAAGUAAUGGAAAUCAAAUGAUCCAGCCUCAACCUUCAACUAGUUCACCAUAUCAUCAAAAUAAUAAAAAUUCUCAAUCAGGGCCAACUCCAGUAUCAUCUAUUUCAUCCUCAUUUUUAAAAAGAGCUUCAUCAACAAUUAACAAUAAUAGAAAAGGCUUGAAUGCUAACAACCCUCCUCCUACUCCUAAACCAUCGUUAACUCGAUCUUCAACAUUUACAGGCACUUCAUUGUCAGCAGCAAGCGAUACAAGUCGAACAAUUCAAAGAACGCCUGGUAGAAUUAAGAAAUUAUUAGCUGACUUUUACUUGCUAGCUGGUCGAUUACCAGAUGCUAUUAAACACUACAAUGAAGCUAUUGAAGUAACACAGAGCUCCAAUGAUUAUUUAUGGUUAGCUAGUGCGAAAGAAGGUUUAGCAUGCACCUUAUUAUUAAUGGCCUAUCUUCAUACUGAUGUUGGCCAUAUUGUGUCCAGACAAGCAAUAGUAAAUGAAGAAAAUUCAACUAUGGACUCGAAACCUGCAUCAGUAGCAGAAAAUGAAGAUAAGAAUUCUAAAACAAUUGUGACAGAAAUUACCGAAAUGUAUGAGGAAUUAAUACAAAUAUAUGAGAAGGUUAAUACAACAACGAACAUCCCUCUUCCUAAAUUAGUGUACGCAGAAGCAUCCUUAAAAAUAGCAAGGUUUUUAACAGCUAUAUUUCUGAAUGGUGGAUGGAAUGACACUAUUUUAACAAAUAUAAUACAACAUCCUACAUUAGAUGUAUUUAAAAACUCAACCAAAAAGAGAGAAAAUCGCUUUAUGACAGCGGAAGAUUUGGUUAAAUAUAAAGGAAGUGAGAUUCCGAGAUUUUCAAUUGCUAAAUGGGUUACUAGAGUUUGGUCUAUGAGCUUGGAUAAUAUGAUUAUAAUGGAUCAAAUUAAUAUCAUGACACAAAUGUCUUCCAUUUUAUCGAAUAUUGGAUAUCAUCGUAAAUCUGCAUGGAUUAUGUACGAGACCUUAAAUCGUAUGGUUCCUUUAUUGAUACAAGGAAGAGCUGCUAUGGCAAGUAUAAAUGCAAAUAAAAAAAAUUCCGCAAAAGCUGAUGAUGGUAUUUUGGAAGUCCUUAAGAGAAUUUGUGAAGUCUAUGGUAUUGGCGAGAGUAAUGUUCAAGAUGGAGGUACUUUACAAAUCAUGCAGAAUAUAUGUGAUAGCCAACAAGAAAAAGUAAAAGUAAACCCAUCUUCUGAAGCAACUAACAUUGGAUUUGGAUGGGCUGUGUUACAGAUUGAUGUACUAAGAGAAUGUAUUGUAGUUUCAGAAGCUAUUCAAGAUCAUGCUUCUAUGCUAUAUUAUACAACGGUUUUAUUGAAAAACUUAUACCAGCAUAUUUCUAAAGAUGAACAAAUUCGACUUGCAUCAUCUAUCCAACGGAUUGUUAAUAUUAGUAAACGAACAGGAAAAGUAGACAAAUGUAUCAAUUAUUGGGGAUUCAAUAUUGUCAAGUCAAUUGAACCUAUACCUCCUAUACCACGAAAAGCUAUAUACCAGCAUCCAUUAUUAAUUGCUAAAGCCUUAGCUGCUUCUAAAGAAGGUAAAACAAGUUCUGGAGAUCCUUUUAUUUAUAAUCCUUUCACAAAGAAAAAUAAUGACAAGCCUCAGAUUAAUUUGAUUAAGGAUGAAACAUGCGAAUUUAAUGUAGCUUUAUUUAAUCCUUUUGGAUUCGACCUUGAAUUGAGUAAUAUUAUUUUAAGUACAUCAGGGGUUAAAUUUUCUCCAAUUCCAACUGCUGCUACUAUACCAGCAAAUGAUACACUUAUUUUAAGACUAAUGGGUACACCUCUUGAAAUUGGAACUCUGGUUAUUAGAGGAUGUAUUAUCAAAAUCACAGGUUUCGCUGAGCAAGAGUUUUUAAAUGAAAAACCGAAAAUACAGAGUGUAGAUCAAUCGAAGAAGAAAGAAGCUGCUCAACAGACUAACAAUUCUCAAAGAUUUAAAUUCAGUGGACUACAAGCUCUUUAUCGUUCUUCAUCUGAAUUAGACAAACUUACAGCAGAUACAGAAUCGACAGAUACUAUUGAGCAUGAAAUACUAAAUGUUAUUGAAGACCAGCCGCUGCUUAAGAUUAAAUCAACUUCAUUAUUACAUGGUGCCGUAAUGCUAUUUGAAGGAGAAAUGACACAUAUUAGGAUCGAUGUAGAAAAUAUUGGUAAUAUACCUGUUGACUUUAUUACAUUGUCAUUUACAGAUUCUAUUACCAACUAUCCGAAGCCUAUCAACCCAGAAUUACCAGCCGAAGAGCAGUAUGAGAUUGAACUAUACACUAAAGGUACUCCUGUCUUUUCUUGGGAAGGUUCAAAAAAUAAUGGUAGUCAAAUUGGUAAGAGGAUUAAUCUUCCUCCUGGUCAACAUACUGAAGUUUUUGUAAACAUUUAUGGUAAACAGGGAUGUACUGGUGGUGCUAUUUAUAUAGAUUAUGGUUACUUGGAUAGAGCUAUUCAAGGUCAAACAAAAAAGAUAAUUUAUAAUGAUGAAGGACUACCGACUACAUUAUAUACAAGACAAUUAUAUUUACCAAUUAUGAUUACUGUUUAUCAAAAUUUGGAACCAUUAAAUUGGGAUGUACUUUAUCUUCGAGAUAAUAUGUCUGUAACAAAAUCUUAUAUAGAUGAAGCUAUCAAUACUAUUAAUAAGUUAGAUAUACAAAAUAUUAAAACAACUGAACAGCCUGUAGAAGAGCUAUUAAUGUUAACCCAACAAUCAAAUGACAAUAACGACAAGAAUCCAUACUGUUUAUUAACUUUAGACGUGAGAAACACUUGGACUACUCCAUUUGAUAUAGAAUUUGUAAUAGAUAAUCGUAACAACGAUAAUGAAAAUGUAGAUAGUAAUAUUUUGAAAUCAGUGUUAACUAUUCAACCAGCUUUAACCAAGCGUAUUGUAUUUCCCUUAAAGAAACUUUUUUUAACUUCUGAAGAGAGAUUACAGCCUAUUCCUAGCUUUGAGCCUAAUAAACAAUUUGUAGUAUCUCAAGCACCAAAAAUGACACCUGAGCAAGAGUAUGCCCAUUUACAAAUGUUUUGGUAUAAAGAAAAGCUAUUAUCACGUAUCAAGGCUACUUGGCAAUGUCGAGCCUCUAGACGACGAGGUAUAAUUAACUUACGUCCUUCUUUACGGCUAACUGGACAACAAUUAAAUAUACUUAAGAUGCAAGAUAUUGAAUUUAUCAUUAAUAUGCGAGAAGAGGAAGGAGUCAAGACUGUAGGACAUCGUCAGUUUGAAUGUAAGGUUAACUCUUUUGUUCAUAUGAAUGUUACCAUUGUGAAUAGGCAAGGUAAAGACAAAAUGAUUUAUAUAUGUAUAUACAUGUAUAUAAUGAACAUUUGAUGGUAACAUAUUACAUUGUUAGUACAACCUGUAAAGUUAAUAUUAAGAGUUCAAGCUGUUCAAAGCUAUAAUAAUGGCGCAAAAGAAUACGAUUUAAAUGAAAAGUUACUAAUGCAGGGUGUUCCUCAGCUAGUUUUGCCUGAAAUUUCUUCCAACAGAGAAUUUACACAUACUAUACCUUUGUGCUUUUUAUCGCGAGGUAAAUUUGAGUUCCUUUACCAAAUAGAAGAUGUACAUACUCGUACAACAUAUUAUGACUAUGACUGGGCAUUUGUCAAUGUAUUGGAUAUAUAAACUAUUUUAUUAUAAUAUAUAAUGUUUACAAAAUAUAAAUUUUAUUAAAGAGGAUUUCCUUAUAUAAUUACAUAUACAUAUACAUGCAAAUAUACAUUUAUACAUAUAUACAAUAAAAU